AGAAGAGACACCUUAGACCAAGGUAAACUCGGUCCCAGAGACAACUGGUGAAAACAACAAAGGCGACGAAGACGAUCUCUACGGAGUCACCGACGACGAAUCACGCACUAUCCCACCAGUCUCGAGGGAACCCUCACCCAUCCGAGACGAAACCACUCGUCGCUUCGCAUCUGCUCCCAUCGGUGGAGUAACAUAUACAACUACUAUGCCUCCAAGACGAGCUGCUCGCGCAGCACCCGCACCACCACCACCACCACCACCACCGGCACGUCGAGUUACCCUCUUGACGACCGGAUCCCUUCUCUAUCGUCAAACGAAGAAGAAGGCUGCUAUCGACGCGAAGAACUUUAGUGAAGUGAAAAAGCUAGAUGGCUCGGGGAACUACAAUGACUGGUAUAACUCCAUCAAAAUCGCCUGCCGACAGGCGGGCAUCAUCGAUUUCUUUCUGGGAAUCGAGCCAGAGCCGAUUCCUCUGUCAAACGAAGAACGUGAAGAGUUGGAACCUGAAGAAGUAAAUGCAUACAUGCUUUCAAUGGCAGAUUGGCAUGGAAAGAAUGAAUCAUUGCUAGGCUUUAUCCAAUCUUCAUGCGUACAGCACAUGCAGG